UGCAACAGCUGGGACGUGUUCGGGGCCUGAUGGCACGUCUGCAAAGCCACCUGCGCAGAGGCCCUGACAGGGGCCGCUUUCACCGCCACUCACGUCCGGACCCCCUUGGCGAGGUGUGCCAAGCAGUGCCCGCUGGAGCCCAGCAGCCGUGCAGGGAGCCUGCACAAGAGGCUGUUCCCACCAUGGCCCUAUCAGCUUCCCCGGCUCCUCUGACCCCUCUGGCCUCCAUCCUGGCAGCAGACCCGCAAGACCAAUGCAACAUCAAGAGCAUCCUGCAGGGUCCUGCCACAACUUCCUCACCUCCAGGUAACUCCUUUGGGGCAUCUGCCAUCCCAGCCAUCUGGAGUCUUGGCCUCGCCAGCCGUCCCAUGGCAUUCCUCUCCUGCUGGUGGGAGACCACCAAGGCCUUGUUCUUCCCCACCUCACCCAAGUGGGAGGCCCAGCAAGAGCCCACCUCACCGGAGGAGGCCUCCAACUGGGAAAGCCCCACACAGCUGGGCAGAGACGAGCGGCCCCUCGCUUGUCAGCCCGCCUAG